UGYAGCUGUAAAACCUGCUCUUAUCAGAAGACAGGAGGAAAACACUGCACCGUAUCUGUGGUGCUGUUUAUCCGGUUCAUCCCCUCCGACUCGGAAUGAGCCAGUGYUGAUGUCCSUCGCCGGGCCCGUUUAGCCGCCGUCACCCCGCCGUGCCUUCGUGAUCCUGGCGGGCCCGAACCACCCGCCAUGGCCUCGGCGUUCCCCCGCUGCACAUCUGUCAGACUCCCCAUGUCUGUCGCCGUCAUCCUCUUGCUGAUGUCGGUGACCGCUGUGCAGUCCUCCCAAGGGGACAAGGAGCCGGUGUACCGGGACUGCGUGAAGCAGUGUGUCCGGACGAACUGCACCGGAGCCCGGCUGCUGGGUUUCGAGUCCAGCCAGCCGCACUACAUGGCGCUGACAGGUUGGACGUGUCGGGACGACUGUAAAUACCAGUGCAUGUGGACCACWGUUGGUCUUUACCAGGCAGAGGGAUACAGAGUCCCACAGUUCCACGGAAAGUGGCCGUUUGUGCGCAUCUUGUGCUUUGAGGAACCUGCAUCUGCGCUGGCGUCUCUGCUGAACGGCUUGGCCUGCCUGCUGAUGAUGCUGCGCUACCGGAGCACGGUGCCACGCCAGAGCCCCAUGUACCACACCAUCAACGCCUUCUCUCUG